GUUUCAGUGAGAAAAAACCAGCUCCCACGCGCGCAUCCGUCGACCCGCUGCCCCGGCGUCCCCCUCGCCGGCCCGAUGGCCAACCCGCGCCUCCUCCUCCGCAGGAUCCUCUGCGUCGCCGCCGCCGCCGCCUUCCUCUCUGCCCCCGUCUCCGCCAUCCGGAAGGACAUUGGUUUUGCUGCACCCAUCAUAUGCAGGACAACUGUUCAAGGACGGCAUUUGAUAUCAGAUGAUAACGGUUAUGUAUGUUCUGCCCUUUCGAUUGAUCCAUGGUCUCGCUGCUGCCCACAAACAGGAGAACGCUUCUCCUGUCAGGGCUGCAACCUUGAUUCGCAGUGCUGCAACUCUUACGAGUAUUGUGUUUCUUGCUGCUUGAAUCCUUCUAUGACCAAGGAAGCAGAUGUUCUGAAGUUGAAGGUAGCUAAGCCAGUCACUGCUGGAACUUACGCCAAUAUCUUCGAUUUCUGCAUGGGAAGAUGCCGCCAUAGUUCUGCAAGCGUGGUCCAUGAAAAUGCAUAUUUGAGUGAUUUCCAUCAUUGCUUUCUGGUGCAGCAAAAUUCAUCGGCAGGAUCAACUGAAUCUAAUUUUGGAUCAAGGUUGGAUGGCAUUAACGUCAUUUUGGGAAGGCAGGGGGAAUCAUGUAGUUCUGCAUGCAGAGCAAAAGGACAAUCAUGUGUUCCAAGCAGGCUUUCUGAGUUGAACAAAUGUCAGAUUUUGCAGAAAUAUAUGAGAUGCAAAAAUGGUUGCUUUCCCAGUCUUGGGCCCGAUCAACCUGCCGAAGUUGUAGACGAAGCUCCAAAAAAUUUGAAUCCUGGAGCGUGCUUGUACAUGCAGAUGGAUGACCGCCUCACCUGUGAUGGCUCACAUCAACAUACCCGGAGGCUCUGCCCUUGUGCAUGAAACGGGAAAAAAUAGCGUCAAUAGUAAGAAAGGGGUGCAUCUGGAGGGGAAUACAGAGGAGCGCUGCGAUUGGUGGGUUCUGGGUGAGACGAGGAUACUGGCUAUCGCAGCUCAACGCAUGUGUUUGUUUGCAGGGGAAGGGAGGGGAGGUGAGGUGGGCAGGCUGCGUCCGUGGAACAUUCUUGUUAUAUUCUGCUGCUUCAUUUUGUUGGUUCACAAGAAACUAAAACAUUUUCUUAUCCGCGUAUCUGAUUUUCGGUACUUUUGGGCGAGAUAGCCCCGGCCGCUUCGGUCCAGUUUGUAUUUUUGGAAAAUGGAGGAUAGAACACCCCACCCUCUACAUCAUUGGAUGGUUGGAUACAUAUAUGCAAGGCUUAGUAAAUCAAAACUAACUCAAAAGAGUUACUAGUCCA